UCCCCAUGUAUCUGGUUGGCCUAUAUCAAAUAAAAUAAUUCCAUCGUCAAACUUUCUCAUCCUAUAUAUAUACACAUUACAGCCAUAUUCUCCCCCAACAGACACACUUCAACAUUGUUGUUUUGAAAUUAAGAAUGUCUGGGGUCUGGGUUUUCAAGAACGGUGUGGUGAGGUUAGUGGAGAACCCCGGGGGUGAGGCGGUGGAGGGAAGCCGUGCCGGAAGAAGGAAGAUGCUUGUUCAUUUAGCAAGCAAUGAGGUCAUCACGUCUUACUCGGUUUUGGAGAGAAAAUUAUACUCGCUUGGCUGGGAGCGUUACUACGACGACCCUGAUCUUCUUCAGUUCCACAAACGCUCCACCGUCCACCUUAUCUCCCUCCCUAGAGAUUUCAACAGGUUCAAAUCCAUGCACAUGUAUGACAUAGUCGUCAAGAACAAGAACGCUUUUGAAGUUAGGGACAUGUAGGGUAGCUAGGGAGAAGGAGAGGGACAACACAACAUAUAUAAAUAUAUAUAUAUAUAUACAUAGUCAGCAAUCACAACCCUGCAAGACCUUCGGGCAGGGUACCCUGCUACUGUUGAAGUCUCAGUGAUUGUGUCCUUCAACUCUUGCUGGGGCAGUUUCUUUUAAUUGUACCUUUUCGUUCAGUUAGGUGUUUGCGUCUUUCGUUUUGGACUGUGUUCAUUUGAUUGUGACAUUAACUUGUGUUUCCACUCUGUUGGUCAGUUUAUUGUUAUACAUAUGUUCUGAUUGUCAAUUAUUUCACCUUUAUGUAUACGUAGCUGUUCUGCUGUAUAUUUUUAGUCAUC